AUGAAGUCUGGUUGCUUCCUAGUGACAGUCAACCACAAAAUAAAUAGAUAUUUCAAAAAUGGGAACAUAUAAACGUUGGCAGGAAGUGAGCAGCACAAACAAACAGCACAUUUUUGUGUGGUCUGUGCAGCACCAGGCCAAGAUCAAGUCUCUGACGGACUACAUACUGAACAUGGAGCAGAAGAAGAGACAGCUGGAGGAGAGCCAGGACGCUCUGACUGCGGAGCUCGCUAAGCUGCAGGCUCAUGAGAAAACACACAAGAUGUCAGGAGAGGAGAAGGAGAAGGAUGACAUCAGCAGACAUGAUGGGGACGGGGACAUAAAGAAAACUCUGGAGGAGCAGCUGGAGAACCACGGAGAGGCACACUACAAACAGCUGAGCUGACUGAGAGACCAGAUCAAACAUGAGCAGAGGAUGCUGGAUAAGCUCACAGAACAGUUACUCUGCCGUUAAAAAGCACCCAAUCAGAGCUUAGCGAGCG